AAAUUUUUUUUAAAAAAAAAUGAAUUAUUAUAAUUUUUUACCCACAAGAAAUUUUCAAAUUUAUCAAAUAUUCGCAUCAAAUACAAAUUUAGGAAAAACCAUCAUUUCAACUGGAUUAUUAAGAUCAUCAAUUUUAAAAUCGUCGAAAUCAUUAAUCAAUAAAAUCAACAACAAGAAUAACGACAAGAACAACAAGAACAACAAGGACAAGAAGAACGAGAAUAAAAUCAAUUAUUAUAAAAAUAUUUAUUAUUUAAAACCUAUUCAAACGGGAUAUCCAAAAGAUGAUGAUACAAAUUUUGUAAAAAUUUUUACGAUUAAUAAUAAUGAUGAUUAUUAUAACGUUGAUGAUAACUUUGAAAAAAAUGAUAAUAAAAUUAAUAUUAAAUUUAAUUCUUUAUAUAAAUAUAAAAAACCUGUUUCACCACAUUUAGCUAUUAAUAAAAAUUUUAUACCUAAUGAUGAAAUUGUUUUAAAUAAAAUAAAAAGUUAUAUAUCAAAAUGUUAUAAUGAAUCAUUAAUUAAUGGUGGAAGAUUAUUUUUGGAAACUGCAGGAGGUGUUUCCAGUCCAAUAAUGUCAGGUACGAUACAAUCGGAAUUUUAUAGAGUAUUAAGAUUACCAACUAUUUUAGUAGGAGAUAGUAAUUUAGGAGGAAUAAGUACAACAUUAUCAUCAUAUGAAUCUUUAUUAUUAAGAGGUUAUGAUAUACCAAUAAUUAUAUUAUUUAAUAAUGAAAAUUAUAAAAAUCAUUUAUUUAUUGAAAAAUAUUUUAAUGAAAAUCAAAAUUCUUCUAUUAUUAAACCUAAAAUCUUUGAUAUUCAAUUACCACCAAAAAAAGACGAAUAUAAUGACUUAGUAAAUAUGAAGAAUUAUUUUCAAUCAAAUGAUGAAAAUUUUAAUCAUGUAACUGAUGAAUUGGAAGAAUGGUAUGAAAAUAAAUUUAAUAGAUUGGAUAAAAUGGAAGAAAAAGCAAAAGAAAUUGUUUGGUGGCCAUUUACUCAACAUGGUAUAGUUGAUAAAGUUAACGUGGUUGAUUCCGCAUAUAAAGAUUUAUUAAUCACCUAUAAUAAUAAUAAUAAUAGUAAUAAUAAUAAUAGUAAUAAUAGUAAUGAUAGUCAUAAUAGUAAUAAUAGUAAUACUUCUGAUAUCGAUACUCCCGAUACUCCUAGUUUAAAUGAAGUGUUUGAUGGAUCAGCAAGUUGGUGGACUCAAGGAUUAGGACAUGGAAAUUCAAAGUUAACAUUAACAGCAUCAUAUGCAUCAGGUAGAUAUGGUCAUGUAUUAUUUCCUGAAUCAAUUAAUGAACCAUCAUUAUCACUCUCAGAAUCAUUGCUUGAUGGAGUAGGAAAAAAUUGGGCUAAUAGAGUAUUUUAUUCUGAUAAUGGAAGCACCGCUAUGGAAGUUGCAUUAAAAAUGGCAUUAAUUAAACAAUCUGAUGAUGUCGAAUUAUCAGUCUUGGGUUUAGAAGGAAGUUAUCAUGGAGAUACUAUUGGAGUAAUGAACGCUUGUGGACCUAAUAUUUAUAAUGAAAAAGUUUCUUGGUAUUCUCCAAAAGGUAUUUGGUUUAAACCUCCACAAAUAUUAAUGAAAGAUAAUAAAUAUAGAAUUAAUAAUAUUCCUAAAACCAUUAAUAAUAAUUUUGAUGGAUUUGAUUCGUUAACGGAAAUCUUUAAUGAGAAUAGGGUAGAAAAAGAUCCAUUGUCUUACCAUUAUAAGCAAAGUAUUGAAAAUCAAUUACAUCAUUAUACAAAUCAAGGAUAUAAAUUUGGAACAUUAAUAAUAGAACCGAUAGUAAUGGGAGCAGGAGGAAUGAUAUUUGUAGAUCCAUUAUAUCAAAAACAACUAAUUAAAUCAGUUCGUUCAAUAUUAAAUAUUCCAAUAAUAUUUGAUGAAGUAUUCACAGGAUUUUGGAGAUUAGGUAAACAAACAGGAGCGGAAUUUUUAAAAAUUAAUCCUGAUAUCGCAGCUUAUGCUAAAUUAUUAACUGGUGGAUUAUGUCCUUUGGCUGUUACAUUAUCAACUGAAGAAAUAUUUAAAAAAUUUCUUGGUAAUACUAAAGUUGAAGCAUUACUACAUGGACAUUCUUAUACCGCUCAUCCAAUUGGUUGUUUAGUUGCCAAUACUUCUAUAAAUGAAUAUCCUAAUUUAAAAUGGAUUAAAGGAAAUGAAAAUGAGAUAGAUAAAUCAUUUAGUUUAUGGGAUAAAAAUUUUCAAAAACAAAUUUCUUGUUUACCAAAAGUUAAUGGUGUAUUUUCUUUAGGUACUUUAUUAUCUAUUGAAUUAAAUGAUAUAGAUGGUGGUGGCUAUGCUUCUAAUAUUGCUAAAAUUUUUAAUGAAAAACUUUCUAAUCUUGAACGUAAAUCAAUUGAUGAUUUUGGUAUUAAAACCAGACCUUUAGGUAAUGUCAUAUAUAUUAUGUCUUCUUUAAUAUCUGAUGUAAAAUCUCUUAGAAAUAUUGAACAAAAAAUAUUUGAUUGUUUAAAUAAAUAAAUAAUAAAUAAAU